UACACAGAGACUUGAUAAUAUUCUCCCUCAACAACGACAUCGUGAAGCAUGAGAACAACUCGAUUUGUCGUUUGAGUGGAACAACACAUUAAUAUAAUGCAAGGAAAGAGAGCAGUGAGGUGUAGAAGAGGGCGAGAUGAACACCCAUGAUUUGAUGAGGCAGAGUGAUAUUCUGAAUGACCUAUGCUCACUAAAAAAGAAGGGAAAAAAAAGGAGAAAAAACAGACAGAUUUGAUGAGGGAUGGUGAGAUUCUGGAUGGCCUAUGCAGCUACAGUUUUGUGAAGGCAAGAAGAUACAACAUGGGUGAGAGUCUCUGGACUGUUUUCUGUGGAAGUUCCUGGUGUUGGAGUAAAAUUGGAAAGAUAUGCAGUUCUGGGUUCCUAGCCAUCGUCUGUCCAUGUUCAUGUCUCAAUCAUAUUUUGGUCAUUUCUGUUGACAUCAUCGUCUUGCUCUACUUAUUAUUUAUCUUCAUAUAUAAAGCAUCAGCUAUGAAGAUCUUAUCCCCUCAACAGUCUAGAUGCUUUUCCACAAUGCUAAAUUCUGCUGCCUUUCUUAAUGGUAGUUUAGGGUUGGUUUAUCUCGGUUUGGGGUUCUGGAUUGUGGGAGAGAAGCUGAGUGAAGAGAACACCAUUCUACCUCUGCAUGGCUGGCUAGUGGUCUUAUUACAAGGCUUCACCUGGUUUUUUCUGGGUUUAGCUGUGAGGUUUAAGAGGCAUCAACUUCUACAUAAUGCAGGGCUGAGGCUCUGUUCAGUACUUGCAUUCUUUAUCGCAGGUUUUCCCUGUGUUACAUCUUUCUGGGAAGCUAUUGUGGGCGAUGCAGUAUCAGUUAAGGUGAUUUUAGAUGUUAUAUCUUUUCCUGGAGCGAUUCUAUUGAUGUUCUGCACUUUUACGGGACCAAAAUAUGCAGGAACUGAUUCAGGAUUUGAUGGUGCUGCCUUCUAUAGACCUUUGCCAGGUGAAGGAAGCAGUGCUGGUGAUAAAAUCAAUACAGAUGCCAGCUUACCCCCUUUUGAGAAAGCUGGGCUUAUUAGUAGAAUGUCAUUUUGGUGGUUGAAUUCGUUGAUGAAGAAAGGUAAGCAGAAAACUCUCGAGGACAAAGACAUUCCACAGCUAAGAAGGGAAGAUCGAGCGGAAAUGUGUUACUUAAUGUUCAUGGAACAGCAGAACAAGCAGAAACAGCAGUCAUCUGACUCUCCUUCCAUUUUGUCGACUAUAUUAUUGUGGCAGUGGAAACAGAUUUUGAUUUCUGGCUUCUUUGCAUUGAUGAAGGUGCUAACACUUUCUACUGGCCCUCUGUUUCUUAGAGCCUUCAUCCUGGUUGCUGAAGGCAAAGAAGCUUUUAAGUAUGAAGGUUAUGCACUGACGGGAGGGCUCUUCCUUACUAAAUGCUUAGAAUCGUUAUCAGAGAGGCAGUGGUUCUUUCGAACUAGAUUGAUUGGGCUCCAAGUGAGAUCGUUUCUAUCUGCAGCCAUCUAUCAGAAGCAGCUUAAGCUCUCAAACACUGCAAAGGGGUUGUAUUCCCCUGCUCAGAUCGUGAGCUUUGUUAUUAUUGAUGCUUACAAUAUAGGUGAAUUCCCGUACUGGUUUCACCAGAUCUGGUCAACAAGCCUCCAGUUGUGUCUGGCAUUGAUUAUUAUUUACUAUUCGUUGGGGCUUGCAACUAUAGCAGCUCUGUUUGUAGUAAUAUUGACUGUAGUUGCAAACUCUCCCAUGGGAAGGUUACAACACAAGUACCAGAAAAUGCUCAUGGGAACUCAGGACAAGAGGCUGAAGGCUUUCACAGAGGCACUUACAAACAUGAAAAGCCUGAAGCUGUACGCUUGGGAGACUCAUUUCAAGAAUGUCAUAGAAAGGUUAAGGAAAGAGGAGUUCAAGUGGUUAGUGUCAGUUCUGUCACAGAAAGGGUACAGUCUGAUUCUGUUUUGGUCAUCUCCCAUUGUAGUAUCAGCCAUUACUUUCACGGCAUGCUACUUUAUUGGAACUACUCUCUCUGCUAGCAAUGUUUUCACAUUUAUGGCAAGUUUACGCAUUGCCCAGGAGCCAAUUAGGUUAAUCCCUGAUGUCAUUACAGCAUUCAUUGAGGCCAAGGUUUCGUUAGAUCGGAUUGCAAAGUUUCUUGACGCACCAGAGCUGCAGAACAAACAUGUAAGGAAGAUGUGUGAUGGAAAGGAGCUGGAGGAAUCCAUUUUUAUCAAGAGCAACAGAAUUUCAUGGGAGGAUAACUCUACAAGGGCUACACUAAGGAACAUAAAUUUGGUGGUUAAGCCUGGGGAAAGGGUAGCUAUUUGUGGAGAGGUUGGCUCAGGUAAAUCAACACUAUUAGCUGCUAUUCUUGGAGAAGUUCCACACAUUAAUGGCAUAGUUCGAGUUUAUGGAAAGAUUGCUUACGUCUCUCAGACAGCUUGGAUUCCAACAGGGACCAUACAAGAAAAUAUUCUGUUUGGGUCAGCUAUGGAUCCUUACAGAUACAGAGAGGCUAUUGAGAAGUGUGCCCUAGUGAAGGACCUUGAGAUGCUUCCAUUUGGUGAUCUCACUGAAAUAGGAGAAAGAGGUGUUAAUCUGAGUGGUGGACAAAAGCAACGGGUUCAACUCGCACGCGCAUUAUAUCAGGAUGCAGAUGUAUAUCUCCUGGAUGAUCCAUUUAGUGCGGUCGAUGCACAUACUGCAACCAGUCUAUUUAAUGAAUAUGUCAUGGGAGCUCUAUCAACGAAGACGGUCAUACUUGUGACCCACCAGGUGGACUUCCUUCCUGCAUUUGAUUCGGUUCUGUUAAUGUCCGAAGGGGAGAUCCUGCAAGCUGCUACCUUUGAGCAACUGAUGCACUCUAGUCAAGAGUUCCAGGACCUUGUCAAUGCACACAAUGCCACAGUUCGUUCUGAGAGGCAACCUGAGCAUGAUUCUACCCAGAAAUCUAAAAUUCAGAAGGGAGAGAUACAGAAGAUUUACACCGAAAAACAAUUAAGAGAAACAUCAGGAGAGCAAUUAAUUAAGAAAGAAGAAAGAGAAACAGGAGACACCGGUCUCAAGCCUUACCUACAAUACUUGAAAUACAGCAAGGGAUUCUUGUACUUCUUUUUGGCAACUCUAUCUCAUAUCACAUUCAUUGUUGAGCAGUUGGUGCAAAACUAUUGGUUGGCUGCAAAUAUCCACAAUUCUAGUGUUAGCCAAUUGAAACUGAUUACAGUAUACACAGGGAUCGGAUUAAGCUUAUCACUCUUUUUAUUGCUCCGUUCUUUUUUUGUUGUUCUUUUAGGCCUUGGGGCAUCACAAUCUAUAUUUUCUACACUGCUGAGCUCUCUUUUUCGAGCACCAAUGUCCUUUUAUGACUCAACACCUCUGGGAAGGAUACUCAGUCGGGUAUCUUCUGAUUUGAGUGUGGUUGACCUUGAUGUGGCCUUCAAAUUUACUGUUGCUGUCGGGACAACUAUGAAUGCUUAUGCCAAUUUUGGAGUAUUGACUAUUCUUGCCUGGGAACUUGUGUUUGUCAUUUUACCAACAAUUUAUCUAAGUAUACUCAUCCAGAGGUACUACUUUGCUGCUGGAAAAGAGUUGAUGCGAAUCAAUGGCACGACUAAGUCCUUUGUUGCAAGCCAUCUUUCUGAGUCCAUUGCUGGAGCUAUGACAAUUAGAGCUUUCGGGGAGGAAGAUAGACACUUUUCAAAGAAUUUGGGCUUCAUUGACAUGAAUGCAAGUCCAUUCUUCUAUAGUUUCACAGCAAAUGAGUGGUUGAUCCUACGCCUUGAAAUACUAUCUGCAAUCGUUCUCUCAUCUUCAGGCCUUGCCCUAACUUUGCUUCAUACGAGUACUUCUAAAUCUGGAUUUAUUGGAAUGGCAUUGUCUUAUGGUCUUUCAGCGAAUGUAUUCCUUGUGUUUUCUGUCCAAAACCAGUGCCAUUUAGCAAAUAUGAUUGUUUCUGUUGAAAGAUUAGAACAGUACACGAAUAUUCCUAGCGAAGCCCCUGAAGUCAUAGAGAGUAAUCGACCACCAGUCAGUUGGCCUACUAUUGGUGAAGUGGAAAUUUAUGAUUUGAAGGUCAAGUAUCGGCCCAAUGCUCCUCUAGUUCUUCAUGGAAUUAGUUGCAAAUUUGGAGGAGGACAGAAAAUUGGGAUCGUUGGCCGGACUGGUAGUGGAAAGACAACACUUAUCAGCAUUUUGUUUCGCUUGGUAGAGCCUACAGAGGGACAGAUAAUUAUAGAUGGCAUAGAUAUUGCCACAAUUGGGCUUCAUGAUCUCAGAUCACGUCUUGGGAUCAUUCCGCAAGAACCAACUCUCUUUAGUGGGUCUGUAAGAUACAAUCUUGACCCCUUAUCACUGCAUACUGAUGAGGAAAUAUGGGUGGUUCUGGAAAAAUGUCAACUUCGAGGGGCUGUUCAAGAGAAAGAAGAGGGUCUGGACUCCUUGGUUGUACAAGACGGAUCAAAUUGGAGCAUGGGCCAGCGACAAUUAUUCUGCUUGGGACGUGCUCUACUGAGGAGAAGUCGGAUACUAGUGCUUGAUGAAGCCACUGCAUCCAUAGACAAUGCAACCGACUCCAUUCUCCAGAAGACCAUAAGAACAGAAUUUGCAGACUGCACUGUAAUUACAGUAGCCCACAGAAUCCCAACCGUGAUGGACUGCACAAUGGUGCUUGCUAUCAGUGAUGGAAAAUUGGUAGAGUACGAUGAGCCGAUGAAGCUGAUAAAGGAGGAGGGAUCACUGUUUGGGCAGCUUGUCAAGGAGUACUGGUCUCGCUCUUCAAAUGGAAGUAAUGCCUCAGGAGAUUGGCUCAAUUUACUCAGAUUGAAGGAACCUGCUGUCUUAUUGCGUUGUCGGAAAGAUGACUUGCAUUUGGUGGAAUUUAUCUUGGAUUCAGCAAAGAAUGAGUAUGCAGAAAAAGCAAAUGUUUAUCCACCUGAAAUAAUAGUUGAUCAUCAAGUCUAUCUUCUACCUGCUCCUAGCCAUCAUUCAUGCCCAUGGUCCCUUCUGGAAAAGAAGUUUUGCAAUCUUAAGGCUACCACUCCAUCCCUUACUUGUUAUGAGAUUCAAGGUUUACAUUUAUUUUCCAGUAUCUUUCUCAACAACGAAACAGAGAAAUGGGGGGUUUUGCAUACGUUUCCUGAAUCUUGUUCACAUCUUCUGCUUUCAUGUUUGAUUCAUUUCCAUUGGAUCCCAUUCUCCCUAUCUGUUUUCUGCAAUUUCUCAUGUUCUCUGUCUAUGGCAAGAAGAUACAACAUGGGUGAGAGUCUCUGGACUGUUUUCUGUGGAAGUACCGGGUGUUCAAGUAAAAUUGGAAAGAUAAGCAGUUCUGGGUUCCUAGCCAUCAUCUGUCCAUGUUCAUGUCUCAAUCAUAUUUUGGUCAUUUCUGUAGACAUCAUCCUCUUGUUCUUAUUAUUAUUUAUCUUCAUAUAUAAAGCAUCAGCUUUGAAGAUAUUAUCCCCUCAACGGUCUCUAUGCUUUUCCACAACGCUAAAUUCUGCAGCCUUUCUUAAUGGUAGUUUGGGGUUUGUUUAUCUGGGUUUGGGGAUCUGGAUUUUGGGAGAGAAGCUGAUUGAAGAGAACACCAUUCUACCUCUGCAUGGCUGGCUAGUGAAUUUAUUACAAGGCUUCGCCUGGUUUUUUCUGGGUUUAGCUGUGAGGUUUAGGAGGCAUCAAGUUCUACAUAUUGCAGGGCUGAAGCUCUGUUCAGUACUUGCAUUCUUUAUUGCAGGUUUUCUCUGUGUUACAUCUUUCUGGGAAGCUAUUGUGAGCGAUGCAGUAUCAGUCAAGAUGAUUUUAGAUGUUAUAUCUUUUCCUGGAGCAAUUCUAUCGAUGUUCUCCACUUUUUCAGGACCGAAAUAUGCAGGAACUGAUUCAGAAAUUGAUGGUGCUGGCUUCUAUACACCGUUGCCUGGUGAAGGAGGCAGUGGUGGUGAUAAAAUCAAUUCAGAUGCCAGCUUACCUCCUUUUCAGAAAGCCGGGCUUAUUAGUAGACUGUCAUUUUGGUGGUUGAAUUCGUUGAUCAAGAAGGGUAAGGAGAAAACACUUGAGGACAAAGACAUUCCACAGCUAAGAAGGGAAGAUCGAGCGGAAAUGUGUUACUCAAUGUUCAUGGAACAGCAGAACAAGCAGAAAAACAAGCGGUCAUCUCACUCUCCUUCCAUUUUGUCAACUAUAUUGUUGUGGCAGUGGAAACAAAUUUUGUUUUCUGGCUUUUAUGCAUUGAUCAAGGUACUGACACUUUCUACUGGCCCUCUGUUUCUUAGAGCCUUCAUCCUGGUUGCUGAAGGCAAAGAAGCUUUUGAGUAUGAAGGUUAUGCACUGACAGGAGGGCUCUUCCUUACUAAAUGCUUAGAAUCGUUAUCAGAGAGGCAAUGGUUCUUUCGAACUAGAUUGAUUGGGCUCCAAGUGAGAUCAUUUCUAUCUGCAGCCAUCUAUCAGAAGCAGCUUAAGCUCUCAAAUGCUGCAAAGGGGUCGUAUUCCCCUGGUCAGAUCAUUAACUUUGUUACCAUUGAUGCUUACAAAAUAGGUGAAUACCCGUACUGGUUUCACCAGAUAUGGUCAACAAGCCUCCAGUUGUGUCUGGCAUUGCUUAUUAUUUACUACUCGGUGGGGCUUGCAACUAUAGCAGCUCUGUCUGUAGUAAUAUUGACUGUAGUUACAAACUCUCCUAUGGGAAAGUUACAACACAAGUACCAGAAAAUGCUCAUGGGAACUCAGGACAAGAGGCUGAAGACUUUCACAGAGGCACUUACAAACAUGAAAAUUCUGAAGCUGUAUGCUUGGGAGACUCAUUUCAAGAAUGUCAUAGAAGGGUUGAGGAAAGAGGAAUUCAAGUGGUUAUCAUCAGUUCUGUCACAGAGAGGGUACAAUCUGAUUCUGUUUUGGUCCUCUCCCAUUGUAGUAUCGGCGGUUACUUUCUGGGCAUGCUACUUUCUUGGAACUACUCUCUCUGCUACCAAUGUUUUCACAUUUAUGGCAAGUUUACGCCUUGCCCAGGAGCCAAUAAGGUUAAUCCCUGAUGUCAUUUCAGCAUUCAUUGAGGCCAAGGUUUCGUUAGAUCGGAUUGCAAAGUUUCUUGAUGCACCAGAGCUGCAGAACAAACAUGUAAGGAAGAUGUGUGAUGGGAAGGAGCUGGAGGAAUCCAUUUUUAUCAAGAGCAACAGAAUUUCAUGGGAGGAUAACACUACAAGGGCUACGCUAAGGAACAUAACUUUGGUGGUUAAGCCUGGGGAAAAGGUAGCAAUUUGUGGAGAGGUUGGCUCAGGUAAAUCGACACUAUUAGCUGCUGUUCUUGGAGAAGUUCCACACGUUAAUGGCAUAGUUCGAGUUUAUGGAAAGAUUGCUUACGUCUCUCAGACAGCAUGGAUUCCAACAGGUACCAUACAAGAAAAUAUUCUGUUUGGGUCUGCUAUGGAUCCUUACAGAUACAGAGAGGUUAUUGAGAAGUGUGCCCUAGUGAAGGACCUUGAGAUGCUUCCAUUUGGUGAUCUCACUGAAAUAGGAGAAAGAGGUGUUAAUCUGAGUGGUGGACAGAAGCAGAGGGUUCAACUCGCACGCGCAUUAUAUCAGGAUGCAGAUGUAUAUCUCCUGGAUGAUCCAUUUAGUGCGGUCGAUGCACAUACUGCAACCAGUCUAUUUAAUGUAUGUACGGUUCUCUUUUUUAGAAAUUAUGCUACUAAUGUUAUUGCUUUCAGAGUGAAUGCUAAUGCCAGUUGUGGCCAGGAAUAUGUCAUGGGAGCUCUAUCAACGAAGACGGUCAUACUUGUGACCCACCAAGUGGACUUCCUUCCAGCAUUUGAUUCGGUUCUGUUAAUGUCCGAAGGGGAGAUCCUGCAAGCUGCUACCUUUGAGCAACUGAUGCGCUUUAGUCAAGAGUUCCAGGACCUUGUUAAUGCACACAAUGCCACAGUUGGUUCUGAGAGGCAACCUGAGCAAGAUUCUACCCAGAAAUCUAAAAUUCCAAAGGGAGAGAUACAGAAGAUUUACACCGAGAAACAAUUGAGAGACACAUCAGGAGAGCAGUUAAUUAAGAAAGAAGAAAGAGAAAUUGGAGACACUGGUCUCAAGCCUUACCUACAAUACUUGAAAUACAGCAAGGGAUUCUUGUACUUCUUUUUGGCAACUCUAUCUCAUGUCAUAUUCAUUGUUGGACAGUUGGUGCAAAACUAUUGGUUGGCUGCAAAUGUCCAGAAUUCUAGUGUUAGCCAAUUGAAACUGAUUGCAGUUUACACAGGGAUCGGAUUAAGCUUAUCACUCUUUUUGUUGCUCCGGUCUUUUUUUGUUGUUCUUUUAGGCCUUGAGGCAUCACAAUCUAUUUUCUCUACACUGCUGAGCUCUCUUUUUCGAGCACCAAUGUCCUUUUAUGACUCAACACCUCUGGGAAGGAUACUCAGUCGGGUAUCUUCUGAUUUGAGUGUGGUUGACCUUGAUGUGGCCUUCAAAUUUACUUUUGCUGUUGGGGCAGCUAUGAAUGCUUAUGCCAGUUUUGGAGUGUUGGCUAUUCUUGCCUGGGAACUUGUGUUUGUCAUUUUACCAACAAUUUAUCUAAGUAUACUCAUCCAGAGGUACUACUUUGCUGCUGGAAAAGAGUUGAUGCGAAUCAAUGGCACAACCAAGUCUUUUGUUGCAAGCCAUCUUUCUGAGUCCAUUGCUGGAGCUAUGACAAUUAGAGCUUUCGGGGACGAAGAUAGACACUUUUCAAAGAAUUUGGGCUUCAUUGACAUAAAUGCAAGUCCAUUCUUCUACAGUUUCACAGCAAAUGAGUGGUUGAUCCAACGCCUUGAAAUACUAUGUGCAAUCGUUCUCUCAUCUUCAGCCCUUGCCCUAACUUUGAUUCACACAAGAGCUUCUAAAGCUGGAUUUAUUGGAAUGGCAUUGUCAUAUGGUCUUUCAGUGAAUAUAUUCCUCGUAUUUUCUGUCCAAAGCCAGUGCCUUUUAGCAAAUAUGAUUGUUUCUGUUGAAAGAUUAGAACAGUUCAUGAAUAUUCCUAGCGAAGCCCCUGCCGUCAUAGAGAGCUAUCAACCACCACUCAGUUGGCCUGCUAUUGGUGAAGUGGAAAUUUAUGAUUUGAAGGUUAAGUAUCGGCCCAAUGCUCCUCUAGUUCUUCAAGGAAUUAGUUGCAAAAUUGGAGGAGGACAGAAAAUUGGGAUUGUUGGCCGGACUGGUAGUGGAAAGACAACACUUAUCAGCACUUUGUUUCGCUUGGUAGAGCCUACAGAGGGACAGAUAAUUAUAGAUGGCAUAAAUAUUUCCACAAUUGGGCUUCAUGAUCUCAGAUCACGUCUUGGGAUCAUUCCACAAGAACCAACUCUUUUUAGCGGAGCUGUAAGAUACAAUCUUGACCCUUUAUCACUGCAUACUGAUGAGGAAAUAUGGGAGGUUCUGGAAAAAUGUCAACUUCGAGGGGCUGUUCAAGAGAAAGAAGAGGGUCUGGACUCCUUAGGUAUGAAGCAUAAUACACACAGGUACCAUUCUUUGGACUCAUAAACUCUUGCUAACAAUCUCUCCCCUACAGUUGUACAAGACGGAUCAAAUUGGAGCAUGGGCCAGCGACAAUUAUUCUGUUUGGGACGUGCUCUACUGAGGAGAAGUCGGAUACUAGUGCUUGAUGAAGCCACUGCAUCCAUAGACAAUGCAACCGACUCCAUUCUCCAGAAGACGAUAAGGACAGAAUUUGCAGACUGCACUGUAAUAACAGUAGCCCACAGAAUCCCAACCGUGAUGGACUGCACAAUGGUGCUUGCUAUCAGCGAUGGAAAAUUGGUAGAGUAUGAUGAGCCAAUGAAGCUGAUAAAGAAGGAGGGAUCGCUGUUUGGCCAGCUUGUCAAGGAGUACUGGUCUCGCUCUUCAAAUGGCGGAAACACCUCCGAAGAUUGGCUCUGAAACUUAAACAGGUUUUGAAAUCUAAUAGUAUGCUUUUUCAGUAUGAGGAAUUGGGGUUUCGAUUUGUUGUUCUACCUACUAGAUAGUAUCAGUAAGGAAUAAUAAAUUUGCAUUUCAAAA